UGAAUGUAUCAUCUAGGGUAGUGCAGUUGAAACCAACUUUCCACAUACACAACAUGGCCGCUAUCUUGUUUUUACUGAGUUGUCUUUUCUUCCUCGGAGCGAAUGGACUAAUGUACGACCAACUUUAUAAAAGCCUGGUUUCCGAUAAGCCUCCACCAACUAUCCCGAUGUUUAAUAACAGCACACCCGCUACCGUGAAAAUGAACUUGAUCCUUACCAACGUGUUGGAGAUUAACACCAAAGAUAUGUACAUUGACGCCCUGGCUUGGCUUCAACUGGAAUGGACUGACAGCCGAUUCUCAUGGGACCCGGAACUCUACGGUGUCGAUGAAAUCCGAUUGCCCCAGGACGUUAUGUGGAAGCCGGACAUCGUGCUCUAUAACAGUCUCUUUAUUGAUGCAACCCAAGAUACUUUGGCAUCGGUUAGGAAUCAUGGAAGCAUAUGGACUUUCAACACAAUCCGAUUUCGAACCCCCUGCCGUAGAUCCAGCGAGCACGACGCCAUACUGGAAUGCAAGAUGAAAUUCGGGUCCUGGGUCUACAACAACCAACAACUCGACCUCCAGCGAAAGCUUGAUACGACCACGGUUGAUUUUUCCGCCUACGAGGAAAAUCCUGCGUGGGAGAUCGUCAACUCCACCGCCAUACUCAAUGUGGUGGAAUACGAGUGCUGCCCGGAAGCGUAUUCCGAUAUCACGUACACGUUGAGAUUUCGGCAAAGGCAGGACUGAGAGAUUUGCUGGAAGUUGGACGUAGCUGGGGUGUGAGGUUUAGCUUAGUGGGUAGGGCGCGCGCGCUUAACGAAUCAGUAGGGUCAUAGGGUUGAAGUCCUUUUUGAGAUCCCUCGGAGCGUAGGUAGAAAGUUCUAAGUGUAGACUAUAGGUUAAAUAAUGCUACAUAGAGUUCCACUUGCACAUUUAAGAAAUUGAAAGAAGCAGUUUUACUAUACUUUAUAACCAAAAUUUCCCUUUAUUUAUUAAAAUGUUUCUCAGGUUUCUAGGUUGGUGGACAAAGGUGUUCAUGUUAGUAAAUGACGUAUACGUCGCUAAAACUAUGGAACCAUUGGCUUAUUUACCUUUUCAUCCAGUAUUUCAUGGCUCAUAUAUCAAAUGCCGUAGUAAUACUGGUAACAUACGUGUUUUUCUCUCUCUUUGGUUAAGUCAACAUAAGCAUCACUUCUAAUGGGCAAUGAUAGUCUAUGUGGCUCCGUCAUUACCAACAUCAGGUCCGUAGGAACGACAUCUGAAGUGGGACAAACAAUUUCGAGGUCGGGGGGGGGGGGGGGGGUGAGGAGGGGUGCCCAAGCCAUAUUUGUAUCUUUAUAUAGAGAGAGUAGGAGAUAAAAACAUGUACAUUUUCGUCCUCGAGUGGUUGGGUCGGCACAGCUCCCACCCCACCCCGGGUUUUAUGGGCCUGAAAACUGCCAAAAGACAUAAUAGUUUUCUCAAACAGCUUAGACUACCACAUCAAAGAGCCAAUCGUCUUUGGGCCCGACUUUGUCCCGCCAUCCUACGGCAACGGGGUAGCCUGACCCCUUUGUCCUAACCCCUGAUCCACUAUUGUUUGAACCACAUACCUUCUGGCUACCGUAUUGUCCAUACUUUUAAGGAUAGACUUUAGCCACAUCUCUGUAAAGAACAAAAUAAACUUAAAUAAAAAAUCAUAAUUAAGAAAUAUUGCACAUUACAAUAUAUUACAACUAUAUAACUAUGUACCUUUAGUCAUUUCCAGUAAUUACUAGUUGUUUUAACGAAACCCAUUAAUUCAUUAAAAUGUUUGAAAAAAAAAA